GCUUGGUCCCGUGCGGUCUUCAGAGAGACUGUAGAAACGGACCGCUUUGAAGAUCGCAGCGUCCGAGAGAGAGAGAGAGCGCUGGUGGGCGAAGAACAAGAGACUGGAGCGAGGCAAACCAGAUCCGGGGAACGGGAAAAAAACCAGGCAGGAGCAGCGAGAGAACAGUGUAAUAGUAGUGGCUCAUAUAGACAAGCCUCACAACCAUCAGAUUCUUGAUUUAGUGGGACAAUUACAUGAAUAUCUAACAGCUUUCUUCUUCUUUUUUUCCUGCAGAUGCCUCAUGGGAAUUAAACGGCACAUAUGAAGUGGUUUGUAGUACCAUGGUUUUCCUACCUGUCCCGAGUGGUUCUUGAUGUGUUUAUGGUUAAUUAUGGCCCACACUGUCUUGUGCCAGAAGUGCCUGUUUGAGUUUCUUUUAGUUUUUCUCUCUCUCCUUCUGCCGCCCACACUGUUUAUGGUUAAUUAUAUGAAAUUAUUUUUUGUAUGCUUUUUUCCCCCAUUUCUUCUAUUUUUUUUCUUCUUUAAUUAUACAUUAAGAAAAGUUGUGAGAUUGUUUAAGUGUUUGUGUAUCAAUUUUUUAAAGGAUAUAGUUCACCGGAAAAUGAGAAUUUGCUGUUAAUUUACUCACCCUCGAGCCAUCCAUGAUGUAGGUGACAUUUUAUUCUUCAGUUGAACAGUAAAGAUUUGUAGCGUGGUCCUUGGUGAUUCGUAUAAUGCAAGUCAAUGGCUACCGUCACUUUGAGAGUCAUUAAAACAUAUUACAGGCAAAACAAAGUUAAUAUCUGUGACUGAUGCUGACGUUACAUUGAGGUCUUAUAAAGCGAAACAGACCAAUCUUUUUGCUUCAUAAGACCACAAUCAAUCAUCCGGAGCCACAGGUAUUCAUUUUGUUUUGCCUGUAUAUAUAUAUUUUUUUUUUUUUGACUCUCAAACUGACUGUAGCCAUUGACUUUUAUAUUAUACUUCUAUAUUAUACACUGUAAAAAAUGGCUGUGAAAUCUACAGUUAUUUACUGUCGAUUUCACAGUAACAUUACUGUAUAAGAUUUUUACAGUAGAAUAUUGUAAAGUUUACAGAAAGACUGUAAAAAUCACAGUAGUCCAAACAUUACAGUUGAAAUCACAGUAGUCAAAGCAUUACUGUAAAAAAAUCACAAUUUAGCCACUAUAGUACUGUAAAUAGUAAAGUAAACUACUGUAAUUUUCCUUUUUUUAUCAUAUCUUUCUUUGUACCCCUUUCACAUGGACGGCUCCAGAUUAUUGUUGUUCAGAAUUCAUUAACGGAAUAUGAUGUAAAUACUCGAUGGUGAUCGAGCUUUAAGUAAAAGUGUAAUAUUAAUAAAUAUUAAUAAAAUGUGUCAUGUAACUUGUACUCUGAUGCACCUGCUACAGGAGCUUUCUAUUCCAUGGAAUAUAGAUUUUUUUAAAGAAUUCACAUAAGAUUCCAAGAAUAUUUUUUGUUUGUUUGUUUUAUGACUGUAAAUGGGUGUUUGGGUGUUAACAGGGCAAUACAAUAUUUGAUAAGCCUUAUCUUAAACUUCUUAAACUUAUCUUAAACUUCUCCAAAGUCUCCCCUGACAUGGUCUAACAAUAUAGGCUUCAUAAAUGCAUAAUUUUUUGAGAUAUCAUCCUCAGAUUUGAACUGAAGCAUUACCAUUGGUUAUAAGUUGCAAUAGUAUAUUCACAUAAUUAUGUGAAUAUUAAUAUUUAAAUAUUAAUAUUUUUAUACAUUUAAUAAAUAUAUUCUUAAUAUUUGUUUUUAUUUUUGAGCUUAUAUAUCUUAAUAUUAAUAACAUCUGAUUAAUUUUGAGUUUUGAACUUGAGUCAAAACUCUCAAGCUUUGUAAUAUAUGUUGGUUAUGUGUCAAUUCAGAAUGACUUAUGAGCAGCAGCCUUUUUAUUUUGGGUAGGCUAUGUCAUGUGCAUUACUUGUCAAAAUUGGGGUUGUCUGGUUAACUCAUAAAUACGUACAACGGGAUUUUUAUUUUACAAACAUCAGUGCUAUAUAUUUUUAUAAAAUACGUAUUUUAUAAAAACGUGCAAGUUCCCACUGCUGUUUCUGAGCUGCAGGGCGAAACCAAAGCGUCGGCAGAGUGGGCGGGGUUUAACGUACCCAGUCUAGAAAGAUCUAGAAUCUGUGGGAAAAAAGCGCGAAAGAAGCAGCACUUGAAUUUCUGAGUCGUCGUCGUCGUCAGUGACUGACAAGCUCCGUUAAUUCUCAAAUUUAAGUUUCUUUACACACGGCUUUGUCUUGUGGUUGGUUUUAUUUUGUUUUCGUCUUUGUGUUGAUUUCUUUAAUUUUUUGCCUGAGAGGAAUUCAGCGAAAACGUUUACGUGAGAGCUCCGACAGAGACGUCUUCACAGGCUUUAAGAGGAAUUCAGCGAAAACGUUUCCGUGAGCGCUCCGACGGAGACGUUUUCACAGCCUUAACGUUUAUGUAUUUUUCCCACCCGUGGCCUCUGCUGGAGUUUCCAUCUUGGAAUCGCGGAUCCUUCACCCACUGCUUAUCGGGACUUCCAGAAAAUCAAAGAAUGAGUAAUGGACUCCAUUGAGAAGGCAAUACAGGCCGUGUUACCACAGCUAGAUGAAGCAAAGCUUGAAACUUUAGUCAAUGAGUUGGUGAAAGUAGGUGUUGAAGGACCAGAUGAUCUGCAGUUUAUUCAAGAAGAUGACAUCAAACAUCUGCUCACAUCCAUUCAGUGCAGAAAAAUUAUUCAUUCUUGAAAGGUCCUUCCAAUCCCCAGCUGAGCCCUUCAUCGUCUGAGCCACUGUCAGCUGCCUCUUCCAGCACAUGCCCCAUAUCAUCUAUCAGUCCCAUCUCUGCAUGGGUGAACAGUUUUGAGGUGCCAUGGAACAAAGUGAGGCUGACUCUUAGAAGAGCAGUAGAUGCUGGUGAGAGGCCAGCUCCGGAUGACCGCAGACACUUGAUAAAAGUCACUGUUGAUGCGAUGAGAGAGCAUUCCUUGAACCCUACUCGCAGAGAGUGUGUGGUAGUAGCUAAAGCUAUAACUCAAAAAUAUCCAAAUAGCUUUUUAGACAAAAAUGAAGAGGGGGAGCUAAUUGGAUGUGGGUAUUUCAGCGUUAUAAAUCAGCUCAAAACCAGAGUAGAAUAUUUGAAUCGAGGCAACUCUCUUUCCCGUCUGAGGAAGCACAAACGCACCCAGAGAGAUGAUGAGGAUGGUGAUGAUGACCAGCCAGCAGUAGCUACAUGUGCAAGAAUCGACAGUUAUGGGUGUGUUCGUUGGCAGCCAGAGGACUAUCCAGAUGGGGAAACAUCAGCAUCAUUAGUGGAAAAGAAGCUUGAGAUGAUGGAUAUAUUCAGCCGAGAGGGACUAAAGGGCACUGAGAGAGGAAGGGUAGAAGACCUAAUGGCAAUCACUUAUGCCAAACAGCGGGAAUACAUCAAUGCAAAGCCUUCCCCAAGCAUUCUGGAUGUGGGUAAAGAGUGGCCAUUUCUCUUUUCACAAAAGUUUUUAUUGUCACACUUCACCACUCUCACCAAUGUUGAACUAUACACAAGACUGAAUGAAGAUCUGGACAAAAAGGGUAAAAGACUCCUGGAUUUCUUCAGUAGUCAGAUUACAAAGUGGAGGAAAGAAGUAAGAGCUGUUCUGAAGGAAGCCAUAAAGAAGGACCGAGAAGGAUCUGAUGGCCUAGCAGCGAUGCUUGUGAUGUUGGCACACUUCAAAGAGCAAGAGGAGUCACUUUUUCUCAUUGCUGAUGAGACUACCACUCUUGCAGACGCAGAGGCCCAGCUGUCUCUCCCAAUCACUCCAAGGAUCAUCAUGCUUGGAGAGACAAUCCUGACUGCAAAAAAAUGGAUGCUGUCGAUCGAGGGGAGGGUCGUAAUCCCACCUGGUGCUCACAUGGCGGACUUCACCACUGCCUUGGCCGCUCUCUUCGCCUGUUACUAUGUAUUCAACCUAGAGUAUCAGGUGGAAGCCAGCACAACACUGGAGUUUGUUCAGAGGUUUUUAGUUAGGAUUAAUCCUGACUCCAACAAGUGCACUGCCAAGGAGCAGAUGAGCAAGACGACUGGGAGAGUGGUGAAGCGGAAGACUUCAUACAUGAACCCCCAUGUAAUCUCCUUCAUCAGGGACUUCACGGAGUUCUAUUUGCUAGCUGACUAGAUACAGGGCUCCAACUAGGAUUCUAGGUCUCCAAGGUCAGGGCAUGCAAGAGGCCAUAGACCUUUGUCAAGUGACAGGGGAAGUUUAUUUUCCUUUCUGUUUUAAAUGUUCAUGCAAAUGUUAAAUAUUUUAUUUUUUUAUGUUCAAUGGUUUAUUUUAUUUCAGUAUUGCCAUGGUGUUACUUAUUACUCUUUAGAAUGUGGUAAUAAUCAGUUAUUUGCACAGCUUCAAAGUAGUUACAUUUUUUGACCGUGUUGUAUCAAUUUGCAUUAUUGUUCUGCCAUAGCAACCAGUCAUGCGGAACUAGUGAAUGAACUAGUAACAGUUUGCUCUGUAACAUUAUAAAACUUGUAAUGAAAUAGCCUCGUUUUGUAAAAUUUUCUUCAGUCUGUAAUUAAAUUUAGCAACAGUAGAAUACGCGGAUAAUAGAUUUCACGCCAUUAAAAAUUACAAACACAGAAUGUUCGUUAACUUUGGAUGGUAUAAUGGCAUGUUGUCCAAUGUCCAUUAUCCCUUUAUGUUGUACCUGUUUUGUCUUUCCUGUUGACCAAAUGUUUUUAAAUAAAUAACUGUUAACAAUU